AUGCUUUUCAUAUUCAAGAGAAAACGAGAAUCACUCCCUCUGCUGGCUCUUGCCUUUACGUCAUUGGCAGCUGGGACCCAUGCGACCAGAACCCCGUGUUCCUCUGGGCUUGCGCCAUACGUCCCCGGUGCUCUGGUCUUAUCGACUACAGCCAUAGAGCGACUGGAAAGCUCAGAUCCUCUCAGCGGUGAGGUUAUCACACCGGACGUCGACGUCUGUGAAGUGACUGUCACAUUGACACAUUUGGGAGAGAAUGAUAAAGUCAAUGUCUACAUAUCCCUGCCGUUAACAGGAUGGAAUGGUCGAUUCCAAGCUGUCGGCGGUGGAGGCUUUGCCAUGACCAAUGGAGAAGAAGAAAUUCACGCUGCAGUUUCCCAGGGCUAUGCGGCAGCGCAUACAGACGGAGGGUUUAUUCCAAACUCAAAGUCGCCAGAGACCUGGGCACUAGACCGCGAUGGAAAUGUCAACUGGUCCUUGUUUCUCAAUUUUGCCUCUCGCUCACUUCAUGACUUGGCAAUUGUUGGUAAAUCUGUUUCAACCUCCUUCUAUGGCAAGCCGCCCAAAUAUUCCUACUGGAAUGGUUGCUCUACCGGUGGCAGGCAAGGAUACAUGGAAGCUCAGAAGUACCCCGAAGACUUUGAUGGCAUCAUGGCGAACGCCCCUGCUAUCAAUUGGCAUAAAUUCAUUUCUGCUGAGCUCUGGGGCCAGUUUAUCAUGAAUCAAGAGCAGGUCUUCCCCACGAGAUGCGAAUACAGUGCUUUUAUCAAUGCGACACUCGCUGCCUGCGAUGGUCUCGAUGGAGUCGUUGAUGGCGUCAUUGAGAACCAGAAUGACUGCAAAUUUGACCCAUUCAGCUUGGUGGGUCGUGUGGUCACUUGUGAUGGGACUAGCUCUACCAUCUCCGAGCCUAUGGCUGCACUAAUCGAAAAACUCCACCAAGGCCCUCGCUCAGCAGAUGGAGAAUUUCUCUGGUAUGGACUGGCUUGGGGGACAUACUAUGACGAAACUCAAGUUGUUGGCCUUGCUAUGAAUGCGCAAAUCGAUGGAAAGCGUGUUGGCAUUCCCUUCCCAAUAUCCGAAAACUGGACCAAAUUCUUCAUCAAGCGUGAUCCAACAUUCAACACUUCGACUCUAACAUAUUCUGACUAUGAAGAUAUCUUUGCGUACUCAGCCGCUCAAUAUCAUGAUAUCAUCGGAACUGAUAAUCCGGAUCUCUCUGCCUUCAGUCGUCGAGGUGGAAAAUUACUUACGUGGCACGGCGUGGGUGAUACCCUCAUCUUCCCUGAAGGAACAACCGAUUACUACAAACGUGUGAAGGAAACUAUGGCUGGGGAGGAUAUUGACGAAUUUUAUCGUAUUUUUCUAGCGCCAGGUGUCGGACAUUGCCAUGGGGGCACUGGGCCUGUUCCCGUGGAUCCGUUGAGUCAACUAGUUGCCUGGGUGGAAGAAGGAAAGGCCCCAGAAACAAUGCCCGCACAGACUACAAAUGCAAAUGGUGCAACUGUCUCUCGAAAUAUCUGUCAGUUCCCUUUGGUUUCGUUGUACGAUGGUCAAGGCGAUCCCAAUCUAGCUGAGAGCUACACCUGCGCCUCAAACUUCGCGGUCAAGGAACCAACGCCAGAGAUCAAGGACGAGCUGUAG